GUGGUGGGCAGCAGCAGAAUGGGCCUGGAACUCAAACCGCACAAAUUGGAUUAAAGCAGUAUGCUGGAUAAAAGCGAGGUGACAACUCUUGGCCUCCCGUCCACUGCCAGCCAUGGAGGCUCUGACAGCAACAUUAGCGCAGAGGGCGCAGCGGGGUCAGCAUCCAGCGUGGCUGCCGGUGGCAGUGCCGAAGGCAGCGCGGGCGGGGCGGGGUGCGGCGAGCCCCAGAGGACGCGAGCCGCUCUGGAGCACCUUCAGCAGAAGAUCCUGAAGGUGACGGAGCAGAUUCGGGUGGAGCAGGAGGCCCGCGACGACAAUGUGGCCGAAUACUUGAAGCUAGCCCACAAUGCCGAUAAGCAGCAGGCAUCUAGGAUCAAGCAGGUUUUUGAGAAGAAGAACCAAAAGUCGGCACAGACCAUCGCGCACUUGCACAAGAAGCUAGAACACUAUCACAAGAAGCUAAAGGAGAUAGAGCAGAAUGGACCGGCCCGGCAGCCCAAGGAUGUCCUGCGGGACAUGCAGCAAGGACUCAAGGACGUGGGGGCCAACGUCCGUGCUGGGAUAAGCGGUUUCGGAGGAGGCGUAGUGGAAGGGGUGAAAGGUGGCGUUUCGGCCCUGACUCACACCUCCGUGGUCUCCAAGCCCAGAGAGUUUGCUAGCCUCAUCAGGAACAAGUUUGGCAGCGCAGAUAACAUCGCCCAUCUCAAGGAUACUAUGGAGGACGGAGUUGGGGGCCACUCCGACGUCACCCCGACCCCCCGCGCCCUCAGCGGAAGCGCCACUCUGGUGUCCAGUCCAAAGUACGGCAGCGACGACGAGUGCUCCAGCGCCACGUCCGGCUCGGCCCCGGGAAGCAACUCCGGCGGGGCGGGUGGAGGGGGAGGCGGCAUGUUGGGGCCUACGAUAGGGAGUCCCAGGCUGGACGGGCACCACCACCACCAUCAUCACGUGCACAGCUCGUGGGAUUCCCUCCUCGAGGGCUUGCAGGAGAUCAAAGCCAGCCAGGCGCACAUGGAGGACACCAUCGAGGACAUGAAGGGCCAACUGCAGAGCGACUACUCCUACAUGACACAGUGCCUGCAAGAAGAGAGAUAUAGGUAUGAACGAUUAGAAGAGCAGCUGAGUGACCUGACAGAGCUUCAUCAGAAUGAAAUGAGCAAUCUCAAACAAGAACUGGCCAGCAUGGAGGAGAAAGUGGCCUAUCAGUCCUACGAGAGAGCGAGAGACAUUCAGGAGGCAGUGGAAUCGUGCCUGACACGCGUCACCAAGCUGGAGUUGCAGCAGCAGCAGCAACAGGUGGUCCAGCUGGAGGGCGUGGAAAACGCCAACGCCCGCGCUCUGCUGGGCAAGCUCAUCAACGUCAUCCUGGCGCUCAUGGCCGUGCUUCUGGUGUUCGUAUCCACGCUGGCCAAUUUCAUUACGCCGCUGAUGAAGACGCGGGCGCGGGUGGGCGCCACUGUCCUGCUCACCGUGCUGCUCUUUGUUUUGUGGAAGCACUGGGAUUUUGUGGAGCCUUGGUUUCCACCCAGCUGAGCUGCUCUGAGAGAGAAACCCGAGCAGAUAGUUCACCUGGAAUGUUUUUUUUCAGGCCUGCAAGAGAAUGUGAGCUGCUCUUUUUUCCUGACUGACAAAAUGAAGCACCCAUGAAGACGUAAACAAAAUAACAUCUUGCCAAUCGUUGGUGUGGAAAACUUUAUUGAUUUACAUACACUGCUGUCACCAAAAACUUCUUCAUCUUUUUCUAAAGAUUCUUUUAGGAUGUACUUAUGAUGAAUUAGCAGGACAGGACUCACGAGGUUGACCUUCAGGUUGAAGCUUAUUUGGGAGGAUUUUUUUUUUUUCUCAUGAAUGUUUAUAUGCCCAUCAUGCAUGUCUUCAUGUGUGCACUGGCACCAGUUGACAUUUCAAUUAAUGACAAUAUGGAUUUUGCUCUAUGCCAGCCCACUGGACACUUGAUUAGGUACAUCUGCACAAUUGCAUGAGACCUAAUACAAGAUAUAGUAUAUAUAUAUAUUUAUACACACACGUGUGUAUUUGAGUUUGCAUUUAUUUUUACUUUACAAAUAAUCCAUCCGAAGUGAGUAAAUUUAAAAUGUUUUCAAUUUCGCGAGUGCAGGUUUAUCUAAUGAAUUGUCCAUUUGUUAAAUCAGUGUCAUCUCCAGUUUGUUGCUGUGUUGCAGGGAAGCUUUUUGAACACAUUUCUAGCUGCCGUUGAACAAAGCGUUUAACUGCUUAAAAUGUUUCAUUGCUCUGUAAACUAUUUUUCCCCUCCAUAGUUGAUAUCUUUCAUAACCACUGUUGUAGAUCUGCUUUCACCCACAGUGUCAAAUGAACUGGCAUGUCAAUUUGUGUCAAUGUUUUUAUCCAGUUUACAAAAAACAAAAUAUCGA